UCUCUCUCUCCUCUCCAGACUGUAGAAGACAUUAAUCCAAUUCCAAAGAUGAUUUCCAAACUGAGCCACAGCCUGAGGAGCGCUGCCCCGGCCCUGACCAGAGCUGUCCACUCUGGGACGCGCCCCGCCUCCACCGCUGCCUCCAAACUGACGAUGGACCAACCGCUCACCGCCGAGGAGGUGUAUGCCAGAGAGGAGAAGUAUGGAGCACACAACUACCACCCACUUCCUGUGGCGCUGGAGAAAGGAAAGGGUCUGUAUGUGUGGGACGUGGAGGGCAACAGAUACUAUGACUUCCUGAGCGCCUACAGUGCAGUGAACCAGGGCCACUGUCACCCCAAGAUCAUCGCUGCUCUGAACGCCCAGGCCUCCAGGCUCACCCUGACCUCCAGGGCCUUCUACAACGACAUCCUGGGGGCCUACGAGCAGUACAUCACCACCCUGUUUGGAUACGACAAAGUACUGCCCAUGAACACAGGUGUGGAGGGAGGAGAGACGGCCUGUAAGCUGGCCCGUAAGUGGGCCUACACUGUGAAGGGAGUUCCCAAGAAUCAGGCCAAAAUCGUCUUUGCAAAUGGUAACUUCUGGGGGAGAACCAUGGCCGCCAUCUCGAGCUCGACAGAUCCCAGCAGUUACGAGGGCUUCGGUCCCUUCAUGCCCGGCUUUGGGCUCAUCCCCUACAACGACAUCCCUGCUCUGGAGAAAGCUCUCCAGGACCCUAACGUAGCAGCCUUCAUGGUGGAGCCUAUCCAGGGAGAGGCUGGGGUCGUGGUCCCUGACCCCGGAUACCUCACCACGGUCAGACAACUCUGCACUCGGAACAACGUGCUGUUCAUAGCCGAUGAGGUGCAGACUGGACUGGCCCGUACAGGCAGACGGCUGGCCGUGGACCAUGAGGAAGUACGUCCUGAUAUCGUGAUCCUGGGAAAGGCUCUGUCAGGAGGCGUCUACCCUGUGUCUGCGGUGCUGUGUGAUGAUGAGGUGAUGCUGACCAUCAAGCCUGGAGAGCACGGCUCUACGUACGGAGGAAACCCUCUGGCCUGUGGCGUUGCCAUGGCAGCUCUAGAGGUUCUGGAGGAAGAGAAGCUGGCGGAGAACGCUGAGAAGAUGGGCCAGUUGCUGAGGUCAGAACUGUCGAAGCUUCCUAAAGAGAUCGUCCCCAUCGUCCGGGGGAAGGGUCUCCUCAACGCCAUCGUCAUCAAGGAGACUAAAGACUAUGAUGCCUGGAGAGUGUGCAUGCGUCUCCGUGACAACGGACUGUUGGCCAAGCCCACCCACGGUGACAUCAUCCGUCUGGCCCCUCCCCUCAUCAUUAAAGACCACGAGGUCAGAGAGUGUGCUGACAUCAUCCAGAGAACCAUCAUGUCCUUCUAGAACCGCCCGGGAACUCAUUCUAGAACACUGGAACCAACAGUGACAGCCUUCUAAUCUAACUGAUCAGACAAACAACUGGAAUAUGUUAUAUUAUAUUGGAAUAUGUUACUAACUCUAAACAUUUAGCAAAUAAGUGUUAUUGUAUUGUAAGCAGUAUACUCUUAAGUUAAUUUACUCUUGAGAAUAUAUGUGGAGAAUUAUUUUGGGUUUUUAGUUUUCCACAGUACUGCCAUUUUGUCGUAAUGUCAAUCUAAGCAUCAUCCGAUCCUGAGAAGGUUUUCUCUUUUGAAGUGCUGGGACUGAAAUGAGUUUUACAGGGUAACACUGCUGCUCCGAAUCAACUUGGGAUGACCUUUAACCCGGGGAUGUUUUUAACUCUUGCAUCUGCUUAGCUGGAAGACGGUUCAGAUACUGAUUUAAUUUUGUUGUUAAAUCUGGCAACUACUACUGCAGCAAAAUGUUUAAUUUUUUUAAAUGUGCUUAACUUCUUGCGGCGAGCCAUCCCGGAUCCGGGAUCGUGAAUACAGCCUCAAGCUCAUUACCAUAACGCAACGUUAACUAUUCAUGAAAAUCGCAAAUGAAAUGAAAUCAAUAUGCUAGCUCUCAAGCUUAGCCUUUUUGUUAACAACACUGUCAUCUCAGAUUUUCAAAAAUAUGCUUCUCAACCAUAGCAAAACUAGCAUUUAGCGUUAGCAUUUAGCAUUAGCAUUUAGCGUUAGCAUCAACAGGCAACGUUUUCACAAAAACCAGAAAAACAUUCAAAUAAAUAAUUUACCUUUGAAGAACUUCAGAUGUUUACAAUGAGGAGACUCUCAGUUAGAUAGCAAAUGUUCAGUUUUCCUGAAAGAUUAUUUGUGCAGGAGAAAUCGGUCCGUUUGGUGCGUCACGUUUGGCUACCAAAAAAAAAAUCGAAAAUUCAGUUAUCCAAACGCCAAACUUUUUUCCAAAUUAACUCCAUAAUAUCGACUGAAACAUGGCAAAAGUUGUUUAGAACCAAUCCUCAAGGUGUUUUUCACAUAUCUCUUCGAUGAUAUAUGGUUCGUGGAAGUGUCCUUUCCCCUCUGAAUCGCAUGGCAAAAUGCAUGCAGCUGAAGAUUACGCAACAAUUUAGACAAAGGACACCGGGCGGACCCCUGGCAAAUGUAGUCUCUUAUGGCCAAUCUUCCAAUGAUAUGCCUACAAAUACGUCACAAUGCUGCAGACAUCUUGGACGAACGGCAGAGAGCUUAGGUUCAUUCAUCACACAUUCUCAGCCAUAUAAGGAGACGAUGGGAAACAGAGCCUCAAAAAUUCUGCUCAUUUCCUGUUUGAGGUUUCAUCUUGGUUUCGCCUGAAGCAUAAGUUCUGUGGCACUCACAGGAAACGUCAGAGUGUUUUCUUUCCAAAGCUGGCAAUUAUAUGCAUAGUCGAGCAUCUUUUCGUGACAAAAUAUUGUGCUUAAAACGGGCACGUUUUUUUUUUUUAUCCAAUAAUGACAUUAGCGCCCCCAUAGGUUGAAGAGGUUAAACAAAACAUUUUUCACUUUCUAAAACAAAGAAACAUUAUUUAAUUAUUUAAAUGUUAAAGUAAUUUAUUUGCUUGUUGGUGAAAUUAGCAAAAAAAUGUUUUACUGAAAGACAUGGGUAUAACCAAUAUAGAUAUUUUAAGUAUUUAAAGGGGAAUAUUUUAAUACCACAAUAAAAACUAUGAAAGAAUUUAA